UUUUAGUUUAAACAAUUUUUUAUGUGCCAAAAACAUUAUUAAAAAGAGAGCAAUACCCUACUCUAAAAUAGUAAAGCUACCAAAUUCAAUUCAUUACGACAUGGCUCAAAAGAAAAAGUAUUUCGAAUAUUAUACGAUAUCAACCCCAUUAUCAUUGCUAUAAAAUAAGCCAAACUUUACCUCUCCAUUUUCAAUAAUCUCUCAUCUUCUUUCGUCUCUCUUUCUACGGUUCAAACAUUAAAAAGAUAGAUGGAGAAGAGGAGCUCUAUUAAAAACAGAGGAGUACUUAGAUUACCACCAGGGUUCCGAUUUCACCCGACCGAUGAAGAGCUAGUGGUUCAAUAUUUACGUCGAAAAGUAACCGGUUUACCCUUACCAGCUUCUGUAAUACCGGAAACCGAUGUUUGUAAAUCCGAUCCAUGGGAUUUACCAGGUACAGAAAUUGAAAAAUCUACUCUAGGGUUUCAUUCAAAUUCAAUAUUUGAUGGUGUAUAUGCAUGAUGAUCACAGGUGAUUGUGAAUCAGAGAUGUAUUUUUUUAGCACGAGGGAAGCUAAAUACCCGAACGGAAACCGGUCGAACCGGUCUACCGGUUCGGGUUAUUGGAAAGCGACUGGUCUCGAUAAGCAGAUCGGUAAGAAGAAGCUUGUCGUGGGGAUGAAGAAAACUCUUGUUUUCUACAAAGGUAAACCACCAAACGGAACAAGAACUAACUGGGUUCUUCAUGAAUAUCGUCUUGUUGAUUCACAACAAGAUUCAUUAUAUGGACAGAACAUGAAUUGGGUUUUGUGUAGAGUGUUCUUGAAGAAGAGAAGCAAUAGUAAUAGUAAGAGGAAAGAAGAUGAGAAAGAAGAGGUGGAGAAUGAGAAAGAGACAGAGACAGAGAGAGAACGUGAGGAGGAGAACAAGAAGAGUACUUGUCCCAUAUUUUAUGACUUUAUGAGAAAAGACACGAAGAAAAAGAGAAGGAGAAGAAGAUGCUGUGAUUUGAAUUUGACUCCUGCUACUUGUUGUUGUUGCUCUUCUUCGACUUCUUCGUCGUCUGUUUGCUCAAGUGCUUUAACUCACACAUCUUCUAAUGAUAAUCGUCAAGAAAUCAGUUAUCGGGAAAAUAAGUUUUGUUUGUUUCUAUAGAUUAACAAACUUGGGAACAACUUCUAUUAACUUUAAUAAAUUAGAUUAUGAUUGUUUCCAAAGUUAAUUAUGCAAUCCAGGAGUCUUUCUUGGUUUUGGUAAUUAAUAGCCAUAUUUUAUAGCUUAUCUAAUUGUAUCAAAUAUUGAAAACUGGUUGAUCAAAUAUCUAAUUUGUUAAUGAGUGUCAAU